AUGUCUUCGGUGGGCAGCUGCCGCAUCGCAACCUGCGCUCGCUACGAGUAUAGGCCUAGCGCGAUAUUUCGACGACGGGCACCGAUCCUAAGUUUACGGCCGUCAAUCUGGACAUGUCGCUCGUGGACGGUCGAGCACAGCAGUGGCGGGAGCAUACUUCUGUCCUGGACGGGCAAUAGUAGAGCCACAGCGAGACACUACUCCAACUCGGCCUCUCCUCCCAGGACCGCUACCUCGCCGGCCCACAGCGAAGAUACACUCCUACCUCAAUCCCAAGUCCCGUCUCAACCAAGCACAGGCCCAGGCCGAACGAUAAACCCCAGCGCAACACAUCACUCGCUCGCAACCUUCCUCUCGCACGCGCAACGCACGGGUCUCUCGACGAGCAGCAGCGUCUACAACGGCACGGUGUACGAAUACGUCACGCAGGAGACACUGCGGCGGCAGGGGUUUGAGCUGCAGCGCGUGGGCGGGCGGGGCGACCGCGGCGUCGAUCUGGUGGGAUUAUGGCGCGUGCCGCGCAGCAGGGAGACGUCAGGCGAUCAUGAGGAGGGGAAGGAGGAGGAGCACGGUAGGCGGGGUGGACCUGCCAACUACGACCGCGACCACGAUUUGGUGCUCCGAGUCGUCGUACAGUGCAAGCGGCUGGUCGGCAAGCAUGCGAAGAUCGGGCCGAACCUCAUUCGCGAGUUAGAUGGCGCUGUGAGAGGAGCGAGGCUGGGGUCUUUGUUUGAGUCGAUUGUCUCGAGAGAUGUGGAUGUUGGUAAUAUCGUUGAUGAUGGUGGUGAUGGGAUUCAGUCGACCAGCACCAGCAGCAGCUACAGCUACAGCAAUAGUCCAGCGAUAGGCAUCCUGGUCGGCACGCGCCCCGCAACCAAAGGCGUGAUCGAGAGUCUACGCCGCUCGAACCGUGGCUUGGUCUGGAUCAUGCUCGAGGAAGUCGCCGCCGCCACCCCCCUGGCAUCAGGCAUGGAAUCCCCGAUCCAAGAGCAACUCACGACGGCCGAAGCUGGGAAUGGACCCAUAGACACAGAGCUACCGCUCAAGUCCCCUGUGGCGCCCGCACCGCCAACAGGCCGCAUCAAGCAAAUCAUCUGGAACCAAGCGGCGCGCAACCUCGGCCUCGAGGGCGUGGACGUCGUGAAGCGCUAUGUUUCCUCUCCUCCUUCCGCUCGCGGAUCGGCCGGCCGUGCCGUGGAUGCUGAAGGAGAAGGAGAUAGAGAAGAGGAAGUCGUGCUCAGUCGUGCCGGUCGCCCGCUUUAUCCGAAUUCCGAUCCUGUCGAGUCGUGCUGGUCACCAGCUUGA